GGAGAGGACGCUCGACUAUGACAGAGAACAAUGAUUCAGCCGCGCAGGCAAUAUGGCCAGUCAAAGAUAUCAUCUAUGUGUCUAUCAUAGGGCCUGUUAUGGUAGCAGCUUUCCUUGAAUGGAUUCUUUGGCUCGCCGCAUUCUUGUACUGUCUAGUGAAAGUCUUUCAGAAAGCGGAUCACUGGAGUAUAAGGGUCCUUGCUGUUAUCAUGAUGGCUCUUUUCUCCUUUUUCAGAGGGAUCUUUCUUCCCGUCAUGGUCGUAACCUUACCGCUACCAGUGCAGUUGACACGGCAUUUUCCCGAGCGAGUCGUUUCCUUCCUCCAAUGGUUUGCAUUUUGGUCAUUCUCCGUGCUUCUCAUUGUACCGUGGCUGUUUUGCGUCCACAGGCUUGUCACCAACUCUCUGGGCAGGACAAAAAGGGUAAAACAGGUCCUUGACGACCGCACUGCCCCAAAAACUGUCAUUGUUAUGCCGGUUUACAAGGAGGAUCCAGCAGUCUUGAUAAAAGCGAUCGAUUCGGUGGUCGAUUGUGAUUACCCACCAUACUGCAUCCAUGUGUUCUUAUCAUACGAUGGCGGUGUCGUUGAUGAGCCCUACCUUCGAGUUAUUCAUCAUCUUGGGAUCCCGAUAUCGUUGAAAAGUUACCCACAAAGCAUAGAUGUCAUAUACAAAAGCGCCAGGAUCACAAUUUCGCGGUUCAAGCAUGGAGGUAAACGACACUGCCAGAAGCAAACCUUCAAGUUGAUUGACAAGGUAUACGCUGAAUACAUCAAGCGUCAUGAUGAUCUUUUUGUACUGUUUAUCGACUCCGACUGCAUUCUUGAUAGGGUGUGUCUGCAGAAUUUCAUGUACGAUAUGGAACUCAAGCCAGGCAGCAAGCACAACAUGCUCGCAAUGACAGGGGUUAUCACAUCCACUACUGAGAAGAACUCUCUUAUUACGGUUCUACAGGAUAUGGAGUACAUCCAUGGGCAGCUUUUUGAACGUUCCGUGGAAUCUGGCUGUGGCGCUGUAACUUGUCUUCCAGGAGCCCUAACAAUGCUUCGGUUCUCUGCUUUUCGAAAAAUGGCCAAAUACUACUUUGCAGAUAAGGCCGAGCAAUGCGAAGAUCUAUUCGACUAUGGAAAAUGCCACUUGGGAGAAGACCGCUGGCUCACACAUCUGUUCAUGAUCGGAGCUAAAGAGCGCUACCAGAUCCAGAUGUGCACAAGCGCAUUUUGCAAAACAGAAGCAGUCCAGACGUUUAAAAGUCUAUUGAAACAACGACGUCGAUGGUUUCUCGGUUUUAUCACCAACGAAGUCUGCAUGUUGACGGACAUCAGAUUAUGGAGGCGAUACCCCCUCCUGUGUAUGGUUCGCUUCAUGCAGAACACGAUCCGGACAACUGCCUUGCUCUUUUUCAUAAUGGUCAUUUCAAUAAUUACGACAUCCAAUAAGAUUGAUAACCUCCCCGUUGGCUUCAUUGCGGUAUCGCUUGGUCUUAAUUAUUUCCUCAUGUUCUAUUUUGGGGCAAAGCUCAAGCGAUUCAAGGCGUGGCUGUACCCUCUGAUGUUCAUUUUGAACCCAUUCUUCAAUUGGCUCUACAUGGUGUAUGGUAUUUUCACUGCAGGACAACGUACAUGGGGAGGACCCAGGGCCGACGCGGCAGCAGCAGAUUCUCACACCACGCCAGAAGAAGCUGUAGAACAAGCAAGGGCUCAAGGUGACGAACUCAAUGUCAAUGUAGACACUUUUCGAACAAAUUUCGAUGACAAAGGAGUUCCAGUCCACCCGUCGGAAAAGAUUGAGGGUCGGUUUUCUGUUCCAGAGCAGCGCCCUGAUGGAAUUUAUAUGAAUAACGAUUCUGGAGCUACUCUAUCUCAAAUGGCGGUUCCGCUUCCAGACAUUCCUCGGAUUCAUCUGCACCCACGUUACUCUUCCGAUUCGGUAGUAACAACGGACUCGGGCACAAACUCGGUUUCCAUGCCGCACUAUGUGGAGAACCUAAUGAGUGAGGAGGAUCAGAAGAAGCUUUUACUCGCUCGUCAAUCGCGAGGAUCAGGUUUUUUUGGACAGGGGGCGAGCACUGAAGGCACCCAAGUCUUGCAGCAAAGCGACAACCAUGCACCUUGGACUCAGAACUUGAACCCACCGCUACGUGAUCAAGGGCUGCAGUCAGGAACGGCAGUGUUGGCGGAGAAUAUUAGCCCCAACCCUCUUUCGUCGAAUCAACUGGGGUCAGAACCACAUCAUGCAUUGUUAUCAUCUCGCAACGAUCCGCCUGAAUGUGGUCCAGUGACGGGGAAUCUUCAGGGAGUGCAGGGAAUUCGCCAGAAGCUUCAAAAGAGGCUCUCUAGCCAGCCGAAGCGGCUAGAAAAGCCCGAGAACAUGGUCUGAGAGACAGGCCCACUAAAGCCAUUAGGGGUUUGGUACGUUUAUCAACAACUAUUACGAUUCUCAUUAUCAAAUUGGGCUAGGGGAGUUCUGGCAGGCUUUAUUUUCUUUCCAAAAGUCACUCGUUUUAUUUUGGUGAUGGGAUUCAUGAUAGUAGUUAGUGGCGUAAGCGCGAGUGUCAUUCCCUAUUCUUUAGCGAUGUUUGUCAGGAGUGGGCAAAGCAAUAUGUAGUUCCUGUGAACUAGCUUAAUAAAGCAUAAAAAUCCAAGCGAUCGUUACAUAUGCAAGAUAGGGUCAGGAGAAAUCAUCAUCAUGAUCAUCAUCGUCUAGCCAGACCUGGUGAUAACUUCAUUUAUCGAUAAGUGACCCCGCCUAAAGCGAUGGGGUUCUGCCAAGGUAUGACGCCAGGCGGUGAAGGCGGGAGAAAUCGAGGAAAAGCCCAGAAGGUUCGACGACAAC